CAAGACAACAGAGGACACCAAUGGGGAACUCCUAUGCAGGCCAGCUGCGGAGUGCACGCUUUGAGGAGGUCCUGCAUAACUCCAUAGAGGCGUCGCUGAGGUCCAACACUAUAGUUCCUCGACCUGUCUUCACGCAGCUGUAUCUUGAGACCGAGCAGUCACUGACACAGGACGGCCAUGCAGCUAACGAAGAUGAAGACGAUGAAGAUGGCUCAGAGUCCAACAGUCCACCAAUACCGUACCAGAUGAAGCCACCGCCUGAGGGGUGCUGCACCACAGACGGCUUUUGUCAGGCGGGGAAGGAUCUGCGUUUGUCCUCCCUUGCAUCUGAUUCCUUGGAUGUCCCUGCUGGAUUCAUGUUAGUUGGGGUAAAAUCCCCCUCCCUUCCUGACGGCCUGCUGGUGUGUGCCGUCGACCGCCGCUUCCUGCCUGAUGAGCGGGGCUGCAACGCCCUGCUAGGGUUUUCAGGAAACUGUGUGGGCUGUGGAGAGAAAGGCUUUCGUUAUUUCACAGAGUUCUCCAACCACAUUAAUCUGAAGCUCAGCACUCAGCCUAAGAAACAGAAGCACUUAAAGUACCAUCUCUGCAGAAACAGCCAGGGUGUUCUGUUUAAAGGUGCUCCAAUUUGCUGGAGGGGAAAUGGUAAGCGAUGA